GUCAACUGUCAUCCUUUCUGCUUGUCACAGCGAGUGCUCUGCACGUGUUUCUUUUAAUUUAGGUCUCCACUCAAUAAUACAAACACACCGCAAUGGCCAAACGUACCAAGAAGGUGGGAAUCACCGGUAAAUACGGUACCAGAUACGGUGCUUCUCUCCGUAAAAUGGUGAAGAAAAUGGAAAUCACCCAGCACGCCAAGUACUCGUGCAGUUUCUGCGGCAAGGACGCCAUGAAGAGGAGUUGCGUGGGAAUCUGGUCGUGCAAAAGGUGCAAGAGGAUCGUAGCUGGCGGAGCUUGGGUAUAUUCCACGACAGCUGCUGCUUCGGUCAGAUCGGCCGUGAGGCGUCUUAGGGAAGUCAAAGAGCAGUAAUAUUUUUAAGUUGUGUUAAUAAAAUAUUCAU